AUGACCGAGAAAGCGACCCCUAAUGCCGUACAGGGCGUCACCACAGACGUGAAUCUGGAAAAAGGAGACAUUGCCCCUGCCUCAAUCCACAGCAACAGACAUGGCGAUGCCACUAAGUUGAACCUCGAUGCUUACAAAAGUGAUGACUCUGAUGGGAAAAUUAACUGGACGAUUACUCACCGACUUGCUGCUUUCUCACUAUGUCUUCUCUACGUGGGAUCCCAAAUCCCACUCUAUUUCAUUGGCGCCUCUCUCAGCUUCGUAACAGAAGAUAUAGGCGGAACAGACAAAGCAGCCUGGCUACCAGUUGCGAAUACUCUCGCUCUUGGGGCUACUGCACCAUUCGUAGGAUACAUGCAAGAUUUAAUAGGGAGGAGAUAUAUUGCUUUGUUAGGAUGUCUUCUUCUCAUUGUUGGAGUCGUGAUCUUUGGUACCGCCCAUGAGUUCGGUCAGGCGGUUACAGGGAUGGCGAUAUCUGGGAAGGGGGGUGGUAUUGGCGAGCUUACUGCUCUUGCGGGCAUUUCCGAGAUCGUGCCAGUGAACAAACGUGGAACAUAUCUGGCUAUUGCUACGGGGUGUAUCAUACCAUUUUCAGGCUACAUCUUGUAUGCACAGUACUGGUCAUUCUAUGCAACUUGGAGAUGGGGAAUGUGGAUUACUGCAAUUAUCAACGGCGUGGCAUUUGCUGGCACAUUGCUCUUCUACUUUCCCAACAACCACCACCAUGAUCUGAUUAAGAGCCACAUCAUUAAGAAAAUUGACUUUAUGGGGGCCGUUCUAUCUAUCGUUGGAUUAACAUUAUUCGCCUAUGUUCUCUCAACACUAAUCAUUGGGUUCCUCCUCAUGGUCGCAUUUGGUCUCUGGGAAUGGAAAGGAGCCAAAUACCCUAUUGUCCCACACGAGAUCUUUGUUGCUGCCUUUGGAGGUGCCUUGUCCACCAUUAGUCCGGAUACCCCGGCAAGAGCCGUAGCAUUCGGAGCAAUCGCGGGCUUCGGUAUCGGCGGCGUCCUCGUUCCUGCCGCAACAAUAGCUAUAACCGUUACCCCCGACGCAUUCAUCGCCACGACCGUAGCUCUCUCCCUAUCUAUUCGCGUUAUUGGCGGCUCAAUCGGCUACUCCAUCUACUACAACAUCUUUGCCAACAAAUUGAAAUCCAAACUCCCACCUAUCGUCGCCGCAGCAGUCGUCAAAGCAGGCCUUCCUCUAACUUCGGUCUAUUCGUUCAUUGGGACGCUGGUUACUAAUCCAAAGAUGUUAUCAGAGGUACCGGGGGUGACGCCGGCGGUUAUAGAGGCUGCGACAAUCGCGACAAGGUGGGCGUAUUCCGAAAGUUUAAAGAAAAAGGUUAACUCAAAUUAA